UGUAAGACUUGCAGUAAACAUGAAAGCCCAUUUGGUUUUCUUCUUCAUUCUCUCUGUCAUCUUCGCUUCCACUAUCACCCUCUCACUAAACCCUUCUUCUUCUUCUUCUUCAUCAGAGCUGCAGAAAAGACCAGACAACCAGACCAUAUACCGAAUCUCGAAGCAGCUAUGCUGGGGUUGCUUAACAGAGUCCAUAGAAUUCUUGUUCGCGCACAACCUCGUAAGAGCAGCGAAGUGGGAGUUUCCAUUGAUGUGGGACUUCGAGCUGGAGAAGUACGCGAGGUGGUGGGCGGGACAGAGGAAGUCAGACUGCAAGCUGCAGCAUUCCUUCCCGGAGGACGACUUCAAGCUGGGAGAGAACAUAUACUGGGGAAGUGGCUCCUCGUGGACUCCGACGGACGCCGUCAGAGCCUGGGCCGGCGAAGAGAAAUAUUACACUUAUGCCACUAACACGUGCGAGCCUGGCCAGAUGUGUGGCCAUUAUACUCAGAUAGUGUGGAAGACCACCAGGAGGCUCGGCUGCGCUAGGGUUGUUUGUGACGACGGGGACGUCUUCAUGACUUGCAAUUAUGAUCCAGUUGGGAAUUAUGUCGGUGAACGGCCAUACUGAUAUAAGACCAAUAUAAGUAAGCUUUCAUUUCAAGUUUGAUUAGAGGGUUAAUUAACUGCGUUUAGAUGUUAGUGUUAGCUAGAAUCUAGUGGGUGUGUGUGUGAAUUUGUAUGUAUUUAUAUACUUGUGGGAGGUGGAAUGAGGGAUUAAUUUCGUCAACUGAUUUGUGGUUUGAGCAAAAUAAGUGCAUAAACGUAAAAGGGUGUGAAUUAGGUAUUUGAUGGAUUUUAGAUGUGAGAUUGAACUCUCUGUAUUGCAUGGGUCAGGUCUGUAAUAAAAUAAUACUGCUAUAUUUAGAUCCUGAAAAGCCAGAACAAUUACUUUAUAGAGUCUGACUGAAAAAGUUGUCUUCACUUCUAUAAAUCAGGCAGCAAGAUUCAAGA